AUGGACCGAUUUGCGUAUCUCCUCAUCGAAAGGGGCCUCGUUCAGAGUUUCGUCGUGCCGCUUCUCGCCAGCAUCUUCAUCUUAUACAGUCUGAGGCUUCUUCGCGAGUCAACAAACAAGAUACCCCUAGUAGGGAGGGAGCUAGGCAAUACGGAUAAACGCAGACGGGCUUUCAUCGAAAAUGCUCGGGAAAUUUAUAAGAAUGGUUAUAGGGAGUUCAAAAAUAGAGCCUGGAGAGUGACAGGCACUGAUGGCGAUAGGAUCAUUCUGCCUCGUCACCUGAUACACGAAACGAGACACAUGCCCGACAGUCACUUCAACCUUACCAAGGCUUUUGAGAAGGUCAUGGUUGCCAAGUAUACAGGUAUCGGAGGCAACCAGGUCCAUACCGAUUUCCUAGCCCAUGUUGUUCGCGGCGACCUAACCCGCUCUCUCAACCGUAUCAAUUAUCGCUUAAAUGAAGCAAGCGCCAAAACGGUACUUAGUGAACUGGGAUCUUGUGAGGAAUGGACCCCUGUCGUUGUUUACCAAAAGCUUCUUCGUAUUGUUGCGAUCAUUUCUGGCAAUAUAUUCCUAGGCCCUGAUCUGUGCCAGUCGGAUGACUGGAUCAAUCCUGCUAUCAACUACACGGUAAAUGUGAUUGGUUCAAUGAACAAAUUAAAGGAGUGGAAGCCAUGGUUGCGCCCUAUAGGCCAGCACUUUAUUACUGAGAUUCGAACUUUUAAUGAACAGAAGAAAAAGGCUAGAACGUGGUUAGCGCCUGUUAUUGCAGCAAGACGGCAGUUGAUGGAAGAUGGCGAGGAAUUACCGGAUGACGUGCUACAGUGGAUGAUGAACAAGGGAGCGGACUUCAAUAUUAGCGACGACGAACUGUCCCUUGUCCAAUUGAACUUGAGCCUUGCAGCGAUCCAUACCACCACAUUCACGACCACCAUGAUUUUAUACGAUCUUGCCGUCCGGCCCGAACUUGUACAAGAGCUUCGAGAUGAAAUCCGGACCGUGCUCGCUGCAAAUAAUGACAUCUUCACUACCCGAGCGCUUUUUCAAAUGAAACUGCUCGACAGCACUAUGAAGGAGUCGCAAAGGAUUAACCCUGGAAAUCUGGUCCGAUUCGUGCGCUAUGUUAAUCAACCAGUAACGCUGAGCGAUGGCACGCAUCUGUCACCUGGUUCCAUGAUUGAAGCUCCAUACGGAGAGAUUGCCGCAGAUCCUGAGCUUUAUACUAAUCCAGAAACAUUCGAUGCCCACCGUUUCGUGAAUCUGCGCAACGGGCUUACUAUGGAUCCUUUGCUGUACAAAAACAAAGAACAGUACCAGUUCGUUACCACCACGAAGGAUUUCAUGCACUUAGGAUAUGGACGUCACUCAUGUCCCGGUCGUUUCUUCGCUGCCAACGAGAUCAAGAUUGUCUUGGCCCGGAUACUCUUAGGAUACGAUAUUAAGAUGCCGGACGGAGUGACGGAACGUUAUCCUAACAUUGAUGUAGGGCUUGACUCAAUGCCGGAUUCGACAAAGGAGAUUUUCCUCAGGAGAGCCAAGGUUGCCGCUUGA